AUGAACGAGGUUACGGAAAGCCACACAAGCACAACAUUCAUGACGACGGACGCAAUAGACAAGUUUACGUUCAUCCCCGAGUUUGGUGGCCAGGGUAUUUCGUACUGGACCGAGUUACAGCAGCUUUUUGCCGCAUCCAAUACCGGCAUGACGCGUGUGUUCAUUGAGAAAGCGUCACGUGCGCUACUGGACGAAUCAAGCUCAGACGAGGCCAGAGCCUCCAUCGCAUUUGAAACAGUUAUUGACGUGCACAAUUGGCUUCAAAGUCUAGACGUAGGUGAAGCUCCUUUAAAUGUGUCGCCAGACCGCGUGUUUUUCAGCAUGCCAUUACUAGUAUUGACACAAUGUGCCAACUAUCUAAACUUUCUCGAGACUGCUGGUGUGAGCCAUGAAAGUGUUGUCAAACACUCAACGACUGCUAUAGGCCAUAGCCAAGGUAUUGUGAGUGCAGUUAUCUUCUCAGCGGCCAAGACAGCUGAAGAUAUUAUCGACCUUGGCGUCUCAAUGCUGCGCUAUAUGUUCUGGCAGGGAUUACGCACACAAGAAACGUACGAUCUCGCCUUAACACAGUACAAACGAGAUGGCAUAGACAUUGAGAACGCGGGCCCGAUGUUGGCUGUGCGAGGACUCAAGAAAAAAGACGUUCUUCAAGCUAUUGAAAAUGCGCAAUGCUGUAAUAAGUCGCAAGAUCUUCACCUUUCUCUGAUCAAUGCCUCUGACAUCAUAAAUGUCACGGGUUUACCAGCGACACUGGUGCAAUUGAAGCAGACGCUUGAGGGCCAAUUAGCCAAUCCUGACGCAAACCAGACCCGUAUCCCGCACUCUCAACGAAAACCCACGGGUUCGCUUUCGUUCCUGCCGCUCUCUGCCCCGUUCCAUACACCACUGCUGACUGAGGCCAAACACAAGGUAGUACAGGAUGUGCAACGUAUCAAGUGUGUGAUAAAGGGAAGCCAAUUACAGGUGCCAGUGUACACCACCAACGCUGACGCUACCAACUUGCAGACGGUAGACGACGUGUUACAUCAACUGAUUAAUCUGCAGCUUCUCGAGCCACUGGACUGGAUGGCAACAUGGACAAAGAUCGCCCAGCAUCAUUUGGAUGCGACACACAUUCUCGAGUUUGGUCCAGAUUUAGGCGUCGCGAAGCUAAGUAGCAAGACCGCAGAAGGUUUAGGCAUUCACAUUGUCAUCGCGACUGAAAAGCACCCGGUUGUGACUUCUGCAAAAGCUUCCUCUCCUCUUCUGGGAAGGGAUCAAUUCCUAAAGACUGUGCCAACUUUUGUUCCGGACAAAGUGACAUGGGAAAGCAAGUUUGGCCCUCGAGUGACCGAAUCAGGACAGCUCGUUAACCAAUUUACGCGUGCUUUAAAGAAGCCACCAGUGAUGGUGGCGGGAAUGACGCCGACGACAAGUUUGGAAGGAAUUGAUCUUGUAGCCGCCAUACAAAAUGCUGGUUUUCACGGUGAGUUGGCGGCUGGUGGACUUUCACGCCCACAAAUCUUUGAGGACACUGUAAACGCACUAGUCUCAAAAAUCAAACCUGGUCUUGGCAUUGCUAUUAACAUGCUAUAUCUUAAUGCAAAACAAUGGGGCUUCCAGUUUCCAAUGGUGCUGCGUUUGCGUCGUAAUGGUGUACCGAUCGAAAGCAUUACCGUUGGCGCUGGCAUCCCGACAAAGGACCGUGCGCUAGAAAUGCUGUCGCAGCUGGAGGCAGUUGGUAUUAAAAUGGUGUGUUUUAAGCCAGGUUCAGUGGACGGUAUUUACGCAGUGCUGGAGAUCGCAGAGUCGAAACCAAGUAUGACAGUCAUGUUGCAGUGGACCGGCGGUCGAGCUGGUGGUCAUCACAGUUUUGAAGACUUCCACAUGCCGAUGGAAGAGACAUACGCAGCCAUUCGUCGCGUGUCCAAUGUCCUAUUAGUUGUCGGCUCUGGCUUUGGAAAUUGGCAGGACUCGAAGCAGUAUCUCACGGGCGACUGGAGCCUGGCUCGUGGACACGCCUACAAGAUGCCAAUGGACGGGAUAUUGAUGGGAUCCCGCAUGAUGGUUGCAAAGGAGGCGGCGACUGCGCCGGAGGUGAAAAAGCUACUCGUCGACACACCAGGGAUUGAGUCAGAGCUAGAGUGGGAAAGUAGCUACACGGGCGUUGUGGGUGGUGUCAUGACAGUCACGUCGGAGCUGGGUGAAGCUAUCCACGUAGUAGCAAACCGCUGUGCUUUGCUGUGGAAGGAGUUUGACGAUAAAUUCUUUUCCAUUCCGCGCGAACAAGUUGAGUUGGCUCUUCGUUUAAACAAGCGCUACAUUAUUUCUCGCUUAAAUGCAGAUUACCAAAAACCUUACUUUGGCUGCAAGCGUGACGUCAAAACGGGUGAGAGCGUGCCGGCAGAUUUGGAGGAAAUGACGUACGGUGAUGUUCUAGCGCGUUUGAUUGAUCUGAUGUACGUGGAAGUGGAAGGACAACCGCACCAUUGGGUGCAUGAAACGUAUUUCACGCGUGUGAGUAAGUUUAUUACACGAACUGAGGAGCGACUUCGCCGUGAAAGCUCCGGUAAGCUGUUUGACCAGUCGGAGUUGAAUACGAAGCCGAGAGAAACAUUUUGUGCAUUCAUCGCAAAGUAUCCUCAGACGGUAACAACGCUACUUUCGGUUCAGGAUUGUGACUUUUUCCUCGACCUAUGCCGCACGGGUGGAAAACCUGUAAACUUUGUACCUGUGAUCGACCUAGAGUUCAAAAUGUGGUUCAAAAAGGAUUCGCUGUGGUAUUCAGAGGACUUGGAUGCGGUUCCAGGGCGCGAUGCGCAGCGCGUUUUCGUUCUCCAGGGCCCUGUGGCAGUCCGCUACAGUACGAAGGUCGAUGAGCCUGUGGCUGAUAUCCUCGGUGGUAUUGCUGCUGGCUUUGCGAACGUUGUGCGAGAAAGCGGUGCGAUUGCAGGUGCGGCAAUCACGCCAGCUCAACAGACAGUAGAUAUCGCAAACGUUAAGGUCGUACAGAGCCAAGAAAGUGUUGAAGUGUUGAUCUCAACGGAAAACGGCACUUUGCCUCCCGCUGACGAGUGGCUCGCUUCUAUUGCCGCGUCUGUAAGUCACAAAAAGUGGCUGCACGAGCUGAUCUCUUCUACACAUGUCGUCGAGGGCAAGAAAUGGCUUCUAAACCCCGUUCGCCAACUUCUUGUGCCUCAAAUAGGUCAGAAGUACGUGUUUAACUCUUCAGGUAUUCGUGUAUACGACAGCUCUAUCGAUAUUUCGGGUCCUGUGAUCGAAAUCUCUAAGAAAAGUGCGAAUAUUGCAGUCGUAGUUAACGAAGUGCGGCCGGCCGUGACUGGUCUACAGGCUAGCACAGUAGCACUCGAGCUGACUUUUCAAUAUCACCCGGAACUUUCUUGUUCAAUCCACGCUGAAGGUAGUGGCUUUAUCGACAAAGUUAAAGCAUUUUAUGCUCGUUUUUGGGUGGCGAUCGAGGGAAAGGAAGAGGAGUCAUGUAAGGCUGCGUGUGACGCAAGCGUGCUAACUCCUUUUACGGCCGACUUUGCCAUUACCAAGGCAGACAUUGUGGCGUACCGGGGGGCAUUGGGUCUGAAUGAUGACGAAGAAGGCGCUCCGGCUGACUUUUCUACCAUCGUAGCGUGGCGUCCAUUGAUCCAAUCCGUCUUCACGAAGGAGGUGAAGGGCAACCUGCUAGACCUGGUGCACCUUAAGCACUCAUACAAGCUUUUAUCGUCGCGCAAAGUUUCGGCCACAUUUCUUGCUGGCGAUGACAUUGUGAGCACGUCAAACGUUGGAAGUCUGCGCAUUAUUGACAGCGGUAAGAUCGUGCAUGGGAUCGCAAUCAUCUCGCGCAAGACGGUGGAUGAGCGAAUGGAGGAGGUACUAGAACCGCUUGUGGAGUUACACAGUGAAUUUUUAAUUCGCGGCACUUUCACUGACUUCGAGUCAACCUUUUCAAUCGACAUGUCGCAAAACGACUUUGUGCCUACUCGCCAAGAAGAUGUGGAGAUUCUAAAGGCCAAGUCGUGGCUUAAGCUUGCUAGUAAAGCUUCCGUGCACAUCGGGGACCACCUGAUAUUCAAGCUGACGACCAAGAAGCAGUAUGCGUCCAUCAGCUUGUUAAAAUCCUUGGAGGUGUCGGGCUCACUCUUUCGUGACGAAGCGGGUUCUAUGGUCAAACUCGGUACAGUCGAUUUUAAUAGCCACGACGUUAACGAGAGCCCCGUUGAAGUCUUUUUACGCCAGGUGCAGCCUCAGAAUGCCAGAGGCAGUGGUCUCUUUGAGAACGGUGGCUCACACAUGUUGGCAAAGCCACUUGAAAUCCACGUUCCAGCGAAUGCGCUUGCUUACGCUGUGGCGUCUCGUGACCUGAAUCCGAUUCAUCGCUCUAAGUACGCAGCAAUUCUUGGUCACCUUCCAAAUGGAAAGCCAAUCAUGCACGGGCUGUGGACAGCGACCAAGGUACGCGACUUGGUGAUUCAGAGUUUUGGGUUAGGAUUCGACAGCAAUGUCGUCGACUACGAUGUAAACUUCGAUGGGAUGGUUUACCCAGGUGACACGCUUUUCAUGCAAGCUCGCCACAUUGGCAUGCAUACUGGCAAGAAAAUUUUGUCCAUUGAAGUCGUCAACGAAAGUGGUGAACGUGUGGUGAGUGCGCGUGCUGUAGUCAAACAAGCGCCCAUGGCCUUCGUUUUUACGGGUCAGGGCUCAGCUGCGGUUGGUAUGGGUAUGGAUCGGUAUCAGGAAUCCUCAGUUGCCCGUGAUAUAUGGAACCGUGGAGACUCUCAUUUGCGCAAAACAUUCGGCUUUUCCAUUCUCGAAAUGGUGCGAAAGAAUCCGCAGUCGAUUACAGUGCAUUUUGGCGGCAAAAAAGGUCGCGCGAUUCGCGAGAAGUAUAUGAGCUUGACGUGCGAGGACCCUAUAACGGGCGAGAUUGCCCCGCUUCUGCCUGAAAUUAAUGUGCGAACGCAAAGCUUUAGCUUUUCUGCACCCGAAGGCUUGCUGUUUGCCACCCAAUUCAGUCAGCCCGCGUUGGUUUUAUUAGAGAAGGCCAUGUUCUCGGAGAUUGAGGCUGCUCAUCUGAUUCCGGAUGACGCUCACUUUGCUGGUCACUCACUCGGUGAAUAUGCUGGAUUGAGCUCGUUUGCUGGAGCUUUGGCUGUUGAAGAUGUCGUGGAGGUUGUGUUCCUUCGUGGUUUGAUCAUGCAAAAAGCUGUCAAGCGCGACGCAGAUGGACGAUCAGACUACGGAAUGGUUGCCAUCAAUCCCACACGUGUGGGACCCCACUUUACGGAAGAAAUGAUGCACCAGAUUGUAGACGGUAUCGAAGCUGCGUCGGGAAAGCUUCUUCAGGUGGUGAACUUUAAUAUCCAACAGCGUCAGUAUGUAGUUGCGGGGGAGAAUGUGAACCUUGAGACACUAUCUCUAGCAUUAUCCGCUUUUAAGACGCUUGCUACGACCGCUGCCGAAGAUGUGACAAGAAUAAUCGCCGAUGCGUUGACGCAGGCUCGAGCUCGUAAAGAAAAGUGUGACCAGAGUGGACGCCCGAUCAUUCUCACGCGAGGCUUGGCGACAAUUCCGCUUGUCGGCAUCGACGUGCCGUUUCACUCACGUGAGCUGCUUGGUGGUGUUCCAUCCUUUCGUUCUCUACUACGAACCAAAUUUGAUCCGCAUGUGCUGGAGCGCCAGUUACCGCUGCUCGUUAAUCGCUACAUUCCGAAUCUGGUGGCGACCCCGUUCUCGCUUAAACGCUCGUACUUUGAAGAAGUUUAUGCCGCGACUAAAAGCCCGUAUCUUGAAGAAGUGUUAGACCCAAUGCAAUGGAAACUGACAUCAAAGGCUCAACUUGCGCAUCUUCUUGUGGUGGAGCUUCUGGCCUAUCAAUUUGCAUCUCCUGUUCAGUGGAUUAAGACGCAAGCAUUACUAUUUGCAGAGGGGGGAGUUCGGCGUUUCGUCGAAAUUGGCCCUGCCCCCACAUUGACGAACAUGGCACUGCGAACUUUACAAGUUGGCGACUUUCCAAACGUACCUCGUGAAAUACUAUGGUACCAGCGUGAUCGCGAGGCUGUGCACUUUGAGGAGGAGAGGACCUACGUGUCUGCAUCAGAGUACGCACGUGGACUGAUUGCCGAAGCGGAGGCUGCUACGGCGUCCCUUACUUCUGAUGUAGUUGCAGAUGCUUCUCUUGUUCCAGUGACUCCUUCUGUCGUCAUUGCUCCGGAGGUCGCUGCUCCGGUCCAUAACAUUCAGCCUUCGUUAGCAUCUUCUCCCGCCCCUGCAGAUGCUCCGGUUACUGCUCUACAUGUUCUCCGUGUGCUCCUUGCUGUGCGUCUAAAUAAAAAGUUGGCGGAAAUCACGGAAGACACGGAUGUCAAGACGCUAUGUGCCGGCAAGUCUGCUGUACAGAACGAAAUUCUGGGUGAUCUCGAAAAAGAAUUUGGUGGCGGUUUUCCCGAGGGUGCUGGUGAAGUCCCACUAAAGGAGCUGGCCGCCAGCUUCCCUGGCUACUCUUCGCUUGGCAAGGUUUCGAAUGGCUUGAUUAACAAGGUCGUGGCGAGUAAGAUGCCUGGUGGCUUUACAAUGUCGAGUGUCAAAGAAUAUUUGGGUACCGAGAAAGCGUUAGGCGCUGGACGGAUGGAGAGCGUCCUUGCUCACUCACUGCUACUUGCUCCGCAAACUCGUCUAAAAAAUGAUACGGAUGCUCGCAAGUGGCUGGACGAGAGCAUCAGUGAGUAUGCUUCAUUUGCCGGCGUUUCUCUGGACCGUCCGUCUUUGAGUGCUACAUUUGGCAUGGCCUUCAAUCCCGCACCAGUGUCAAUUCCAACGGUGAGUGACAAACCCGUGGAGGCCAAACACGCUCUGCAGGUGAUGUUGGCGGCAAAAUUCGGCAAGGCAUUUGCCGAGAUUAAUGAUACUGUGACGAUCAAGGAAUUGGCCGCUGGUAAGUCAGCUGUGCAGAACGAGGUCAUUGGUGAUCUUGAAAAAGAGUUUGGCUCAAUUCCCGACGAUGCUGCGGAGAUGAAAGUGGGUGACUUGGCGAGUAAAUUUUCUAACUACGCUUCACCGGGUAAAGUUUUGAGUGCGUUGAUUGCCAAGAUGCUGGCCAGUAAAAUGCCGGGUGGCUUUGGCCUGACUGCUGUUAAGGAAUAUUUGUCUACUGAACGCUGUUUACCGAGCAGUAGGAUUGAGAGUGCGCUACUUCACGGUCUGACGCAAAACCCAAAGCAGCGUCUGUCAGACGACACAACAGCUAAGCAAUGGUUAAAUGGCGUUGUGGAUGACUACGCCAAGUACGCCGGUAUUGACAUUCCUUAUUUCUCGAAGUUAGGAGGGGUGAUGACAGGCUCCUCAGUGGGCCAGCAGGCGAUGCAGUCGAGCUCGCUCCCCAGUGAAUUCGAUAAGCGUCUGAAGUCAAUGAUCGCAGACCAGAUUGAGGCUUUGAGCUCAUACAUGGGCGACGAUCCGCUGGACUGGCACCGCAAGGUUGAGACAGAGGCAGGCAUGCGCGAAAACUUGGAAAUGUCAAUGUCGCAGUGGGUCAUAGAGCAUGGCGACAUUUAUAGCACAGGAAUCAAGAGCAAGUUCGACGCCAAAAAGGAGCGUCAGUACGACAGCUACUGGAACUGGGCUGUGCAAGAUGCGCUGGAGCUUUACUACCGUACCGCUGCCGCAGCAAAGGGUCUGCCAGCAAGUCCUAAGUUGGCUGUAAAUGAAGGCCUUAGCGCCCACUUCGAAGCAAUGACACGUUAUAUCAACAAGAACGUUGACACGAUUGCAGAUGAAUCAGCGCUUCCACCACUCGAGUGGUUCAAGCCGUACCUAUGCAAUCGUGCGACACCCGAGCUGCUACAAUGCACCAAAUUCUUUGUGUCACGAGCUGAAGAAGAAACUAGUCCUGAGCUGGCCCAGGCCGUUCAACUAUUGGUGGAGCAGGUGGAAGAAUGGUUGAACACGAAUCCUGUCAACAUGCAAAUUUUUAAACCAAUGCAGCCGCAGCUUCUUAUUCUCGAUACUGGUGAGCUCGAGUAUUUAGAGGUGCCCCGUGAAGGAGUGACGGACUCGAUAAACUACGUGGACGAGGUCGCUCGCGGACUAGAGUACAAUGAUGCAAUUGAAUCAGGCAAGGUUGCUGGAUCAGACGUAACGGCUAUCAUGACUAGUGCUGUCGGCUUCGAGUCGACAUUGAAUGACAAUGGAAGCAUGAGUAGUGAUGAGCUUGAUAGUGAAGAUGACGACGAGUUUGAAGACGGUGAUUCUGCAGUGGACGACAAGCUAGCAAACAAGAUAAAAACAGUCGCGCCGGCUGAGGGCGCCAAGCUCAACGCUCUUCGUGACUCGUUGCGCAAACGCGCGAAGCGUACUCAGGAAAAGUCACUUGUGGCGCGGUCGUCUUCACUUCGCUUUGGAUUGAACGAAAACCUGAAGAAGAUUGUGCUGCCGCAUGUGCACAUCAGGAAACCAUCCGAUGUAGAUCCGACUAUCCGUUUGUAUGAUGUGGAGUCGACCUGCGUGUUGCUUUCGUGCAUGCGCGAGAUGGCGUCUACAGGAAUCUCUUUUGUUGGCAAGGUUGCGCUUUUAACAGGUUGUGGUAAGAACUCGAUUGGGGCAGAAAUUGUCAAGGCGCUUCUGGAAGGUGGCGCGACAGUAUUUGUGACGACAAGCAGCUUUAGCAUGAAGUCGACAGAACUAUUUCGUGAAAUUUAUGAACAGCAUGGUAGCCGCGGUAGCCGUCUCAUUGUAUUGCCGUUCAACCAGGCGUCCAAAGUAGAUGUGCAGAGUCUGAUAGCGCACAUUUAUGAUGUGCACAAGCUUGACUUGGAUUUCUUAAUACCAUUUGCGGCACUUUCCGAGGUUGGACGGACAAUAACAGACAUAGACUCGCGCUCUGAGCUAGCGCAUCGCAUCAUGCUAACAAACACCGUGCGUCUAGUGGGUGAAGUGGUGACAGCGAAGAAGGCUCGUAACAUUGCCACGCGUCCUGCGCUCGUCAUUCUUCCCAUGUCGCCAAACCACGGCAACUUUGGUGGAGACGGUCUUUAUGCAGAGUCUAAGCUAGGAGUAGAAAGUUUGAUGAACAAGUGGUACUCGGAGGGUUGGGAGGACCAACUCUCGAUCGUUGGAGCCAUUAUCGGCUGGACUCGGGGAACAGGCCUCAUGUCGGGUAACAAUGUUGUUGCUGCCGGUGUUGAAAAGCUGGGAAUGCGCACAUUUAAGUCACCAAUUUUCGCGGAUCUUACUGGUGGCAUGGCUCAAGUCAGCGAUUUGAAAGAACAAGUGGAUACUAUUCGAGCUGAUAUCAUGGAGAAGUCGAGGCUUCGGGCAUCCAACUAUGCUGCACUUGAGAAAGAUAAGCAAAUUUUGUCAUUGCCUUCAAACAAGCCAGUAGUUUCGACUAUCUCAAAGACCUUCGCUCCUCGCGCGAAUAUGUCGAGCUACUACUGCGACACGUUUCCCAAACUAUCAGGUGUCGCUGGUCUGUCUGCAUCGACCAAGCAAGCGCUGUUGCGUGGCAUGGUAGAUCUGCGCCAGGUAGUUGUUGUCGCUGGUUUUGGUGAAGUAAGUCCGUGGGGUAACUCGCGUACACGGUGGGAAAUGGAGUCAUACGGUGAAUUUUCCCUUGAAGGAUGUAUUGAAUUGGCGUGGCUGACAGGUCGCAUUGUUUUUGACAAGGGAAACUGGUUGGAUGCAAAGACGAAAGAAAUUGUGCCGGAACACCAAAUUAAGUCUCGUUAUGAGGAAGACAUUAUUGAGCACUCAGGGAUCCGAAUUGUGGAGCCAGCAUUAUUUAACGGCUACGAUCCGAAGAAGAAGAUGGUGCUACAUCAAGUUGCCAUUGACAAGAAAAUGUCUCCUAUUGAAGUGGCUGAUCGCGAGGAAGCGCUACAAUUUCGCAAAGAACUUGGCGAGGAAAAUGUUGACAUGUUUCAGAAUGCUUCGGGCGCGUGGAUGAUUCGACUACGCAAAGGGUCCAUCUUGAAUAUUCCCCGUGCUCUUGACUUUGAUCGCUUUGUUGCUGGUCAAAUUCCGACAGGCUGGAGUGUAGAGCGUCUGGGGUUGUCCAAGGAUUUGGCCGAAUCGCUAGAUCCAAUCACGUUAUAUGUGCUCUCGGCCACAAUGGAGACUUUCGUUGCGGCUGGUGUGACAGACCCCUACGAGUUCUAUCAGUACGUCCAUGUCUCGGAAGUUGGGAACACUUCCGGUGGUGGAAUGGGUGGAAUGCGUGCGUUCACGCAAAUUUACAAAAAUCGUGUUCUCGGUAAACCUGCCCCAAGUGACGCGCUGCAAGAGUGUUUCAUCAAUUCGCCUCCUGCCUGGGUGAAUAUGUUGUUACUGAGCUCAUCCGGUCCGAUCAAAACGCCGGUUGGAGCGUGUGCCACGGCGGCUGAGUCUGUCGACAUUGGUGUUGAGACGAUUAAAAGUGGCAAGGCUCGUGUUUGUAUCGUUGGUGGUUAUGACGAUUUCGGCGAGGAAGGUGCUUACGAGUUUGCACAGAUGAAGGCUACAAGUGAUUCUGUAAAGGAAAUUGGAAUGGGGCGCGAGCCAAAGGAAAUGUGCCGACCGUGCUCUACUACGCGCGGUGGCUUUAUGGAGAGUCAUGGAGCAGGCAUUCAGCUUCUAAUGGAUGCUCAGCUAGCCCUUGAAAUGGGUCUACCAAUCUAUGGAAUCGUUGCUCUUGUGAACACGGCGACGGACAAGAAUGGUCGAUCAAUCCCAGCUCCAGGUCAGGGUCUACUCACGACAGCUCGUGAGACUUUAUCAGACAACGCAAAGCCUUCACCGCUCCUGGACAUAGAGUAUCGUCGACGCCAAUUCGAUGACGAAAUUGAAAAUAUCGAAAAGUGGUAUGCUCGUGAGCGUUCUCUGACAAAUGGAGAUGAGUCCAGUCUGGCCUUCUUAGAGGAGGUGAAGGCUCGCAAGGUGCAGUCCGCGCAAUCUAUGUGGAGCGAUACUUUCUAUCACGGUCGUAUCGAUAUCGCUCCUCUUCGCGGUGCACUGAACGCAUGGAACUUAAGUAUCGAUGACAUCGGUGCGUCCAGCUUCCACGGAACGGGUACCACAGCUAAUGACAAGAAUGAAAGUGAGGUGACGCACAAGCAGAUGGCACAUUUGGGUCGCUCACCGGGCAAUCCUCUGCCGGUUAUAUGCCAAAAAAGCCUAACGGGUCAUCCAAAGGGUGCCGCUGCUGCUUGGAUGCUAAAUGGCUUGCUACAAGUUUUAAAUACAGGCUUGAUCCCCGGCAACAGACAUCUGGACAACACUUGUGAAAUGCUGCGUAAAUACGAUCAUCUGGUGUAUCCCAAUCGUACCUAUCAGACGGUAGGUCUCAAGGCUGUCAUGAUGAAAAGCUUUGGCUUUGGUCAGGCUGGUGGUGAAGUGGUGCUGGUGCAUCCAGACUAUCUCCUAUCUACGCUGCUGCCUGACGAAUUUCAGCACUACUCGGCUCGCCGUGAGCAGCGUAUGAUCAAAAUGAACACGUACGCCCAAAAAGUUAUAACUGGCAAGCAUCUUCAUAUUCAGGUAAAGAACGAGGCGCCGUACUCAUCUGCUCAAGAGAGCAACGUCUAUUUGGAUCCUAUGGCUCGCGCUGAGUACGAUGCGACGUCAAAGACGUGGCGAUUUGGUGGUGCGGACUCGCUGACUGCAGAAGCCAAUCGCCGUUUGCGUGCGGAGAAACGCGCGAAAAAGGCCAAGGCUGCAGCUGAAGCAGCUUCAUCAUCUAAAAAGUUAUCAAAAGCACGUCAGACGGACUCUUCAUCGACAUUGUUGACUGCAAUAAACCAAGCGGCGACGAACCUGGGCUUGGCCUCAAAGAACAUGGGCAUGGGCGUGGAUGUGGAGCCAAUUGCAACAUUUGAGAAUCUAAACGGCCGAGAAGAUUUCAUCCGACGUAACUUUACAGAUCAAGAGACGGCGUAUUGCUACAGUGCACCUCAUCCAGCUGCAAGUUUUGCAGGUCGAUGGGCUGCAAAAGAGGCUGUGAUCAAGGCCAUCUCGAGCGCUGCACCGACCGAAUCAAAUUUAUGGCAAGGUGCUGGCGCUCCACUCCGAGAAAUUGAGAUUUUUAUCACGGCAUCAGGUGCACCGUCAGUGUUACUAUCGGGCUAUCCGCUUCAAGUGUUCAAUCGCUUGGGCUUGUCAAAGCUGAGCGUGUCCAUCAGCCACUCCGGUGACUUUGCAGUAUCCCAAGCAAUCGCGAACUUUCAGCAUGAGUAA